AAACAACGGCCAGAGAGCAGUCCACAAUGAGAGCUAUUAUCCUGUUGUUGCUAUCUAUUUACGGAUGUAAAGCAAGCAACUGCCCAGAAACUGCGGCCGCUGAUGCCUGCGUGGCUCAAUUUUGGAGUGAGUUCCACCAGUUCGAUGACUUUACCUACAUAAAUGAUAACGCAACGUUGUUAUGGUCAUCAGUAUGCGAGAAAGCCGCCUGCGUGGUUCAAGUUCUAGACAACUGCCCUAGAGGACCAGUCUGGGAGCCGUACCUCAUCAUAGCUAACAUUCUGGAAUACUUUUGCUCAAUGGAAAGAUUCAUAAAUGGUUUACAGUUCCUGCAGUGCGCUGGAAGUGGCCAGGAGGCUGAGGUGAAAUCUGAUUUUUCGACGUGUUUUACUCUAACUGGUCCUCCACCCUGUUUGUUAUCUUUCAUGAUCAAAGAUUGCUUGAUUGGUACUGCCGAUGAUGCCUGCACGACCGGUGAUGUUAACCAAUACGUUGAAUAUGCUGAGGGCAUAAUGGAACGCUAUGACAGAUAUUACUGCGCCCCACCCACAACUGACGCCGCAACGACAACAAAUGCUGUGGAUACGUCAGUGGUCGAUACAACCACAACAGCACCAGAUGGGACCACAACCACGACAGCACCGACCACACCAUCAACCCGUCUCUGCUACAAAUGCCAGAGUGGCCUCGGUACAGCCAGAUGCCACGCCUGCCCCGCCGAUGGGGAUACUACUGGCUGGAACAGAACUAAGGUGGUCAGUUGUAACGGCCCUUGUGUGAAAACCACAACCCAGACGGCUCAAGGAACUCAUGUUGUGCGUGGCUGUUCAGACGGGAAGUUCCCAUCGACCGUUAUUCAACCGUCUGGGUGUGUGACUUACCUGGGCAAAGAUGUCUGUUUCUGUUCCGGUGACCGUUGUAACUAA